CCGCGUCGAAAUUGCCCCCACCUUUGCGAGUCAGCGCUGGUCCCAUCUCGACCGGUGACGUGUCAAAUGCGGACGGGCCUUUGUACACGUGGACGGUGUAGGGAGCAUGAGCGGCGUAACACCCGAAUUUGACUAGCGUUUCGCGCGCCCACUUUUUAAUUCCUUCCUCCCACCUCCCGCUGCGGAGCCUUUCUCACCUCUUGUCACGGCCGCCGGCUGAAACACAGACAGCUCACAGCGCCGUAUUCUGGUCACAGCCCAUCUGCCUCCCUGGCCGGUUACCCGAUCAACUUCAGCCCUGUAUAAAGCAAGGGGGUUCGUCUCGCUUGCCGUGGUCUCCCUUAGAAGAAGUUGAUUGUCGUGAGGCUGGAAGUGGAGAGCUAGGGUUUCUUAGGCGCUGAAGGGGUUUAGGUAUCGAAAUAUUAGGAUGGGCCGGCGGCUUGGAUCCCGUGAGGCCCGUUGGAAUGCCUCAAAAAUCCGUGGGGCGGGGUUUUCGUUAGCUACCAUGCAUCGAUCCCCCCUAUGAUUAGACUGAGUAGUUGCUUUCUGAUCACGGUCACGAUAUACAGCCCGCGGAUCGAGAUCGGCGCGUAUUUCUUCGAGCGAGAUCGCCUUUCAUGCUGCCUUGUGAUGACGAAGUCUGCUGGUCUCUGCUGUGAUCGGAGGUUCCGGUUGUUGCGGAGAUGAUCGAUGGGCAGGACAAGGCGCCGCUGCAGCAGCUCCGAAGGCUGUCAAGCGGUGAAGGGAGUAGUAGCUUUGAGGAGGAUUUCUUAUCUGGAGUUACGGCUGGUGUAACUUGGACGACGGCGGAUGAUGUAAAUAACCAUGUGUUUGCGGGGGAUUUGAGCGUGAUGGAAGAGUUGUGUUCUCAGAAUUCGACGCAGAACGGGAGGGAUAGCUGCUAUCCUCAAUUUACUUUGGCGACCAGAUUGGCGUCGCAAGCAUUUCUUGCAGAUCAGCCUUAUUUCUUUCAGGAGUCAGCACAGGAGAUUUGUGGUUUGUCCUCUGACAGCAGCAUCGUGUCUUAUCGUCUUUGGGUCAAUGGAUGCUUAUCUUUCUCUGAUAAAAUAACUGAUGGCUUCUAUAAUAUUUUGGGAAUGGACCCGUUUUUGUGGGCGAUGUGCAAUAAUUCGGAAGAAGGGAAAAGGUUGCCUAGUUUGGCAGCACUCAACGAAGUCGAUCCUCGCGAUUCUUCAAUGGAGGUUGUCUGCAUUGAUAGAAAUGGAGAUUCUCAACUUAAGGAACUCGAGAAGAAGGCAUUGAAAUAUUUUUCUGCAUUUGGGGUUUCAUUAGCUAUGGUGAAACAACUUGCUGGUCUUGUUUCUAAGUUUAUGGGUGGUGCAUUCAAAACAGAGCUAGGAGAACUUCAUCAGAAAUGGAAAACUUUUAGUGAAGAGCUAAAGAAUUUCGAGCAACAUAUAGUUAUUCGUAUUGGCAACAUCUCGUAUGGACUUUGCAGGCACCGUGCCAUCCUUUUCAAAGAAUUGGCAGACUACAUAGGUUUGCCAUGUAGGAUAGCUCAAGGCUGCAAGUACUGUACAUCUGCACAUGGCACAUCUUGCCUUGUAAAACUUGAUGAUUCCAGGCAAUCGUUAAGGGAAUAUGUUGUAGAUCUAAUUGGGGAGCCAGGAAACGUCUAUGAUCCAGAUUCCUCAAUUAAUGGACAGUUGCUCUCAUUUGUGCCUUCACCUUUUCUACUAUCACAUUUGACUUGUUGCCCAACAUUAUAUACAAGUGAUGCUUCAUGUAACAAAAAGCUUAACCGAGGGCAUACCGGUAUUCCUGUUGGAAAAGCUCAAUGCUCAGGCUUCCUCGAUGAAGCUGUUGUAAAAAUUAUACAUCCGCAUCCUGGAGUUAUUGUGGACAAAGAAUUUAUUCAAGACACAAAUAAAGAAGGCAUGAUCUCGAAUCAUCAAGUUGGAGGGAACACAAAUGUUCCAUCCAAAAUGGAAGUAUCUAUACAGUUUGAAUGCAGGAAAAAUGAUAUGAUGUGUGAGGAUAAGCCAAUUCAUCAGGAAGCUAGUAUUCCAAGACAUGCAAGUCUUGAACCAUCUCUAGCCAUGGACUGGCUUGAAAUUUCAUGGGAUGAGCUAGAAAUCAAGGAGCGUGUUGGUGCUGGAUCAUUUGGAACAGUGUUCCGUGCAGAAUGGCAUGGAUCUGAUGUUGCUGUGAAGGUCCUUGAUGAUCAAGAUUUCUACGAAGAUCAGAUGAAAGAAUUUCUGAGGGAGGUUGCAAUAAUGAAUCGAGUUCGUCAUCCAAAUUUGGUUCUAUUCAUGGGUGCAGUCACGGAGCGUCCACAUCUUUCAAUAGUAACGGAAUAUCUUCCUAGGGGCAGUCUUUACCACCUCAUAAAUAGACCAAGCGCUGGAGAAAUUUUGGACAGAAGACGAAGAUUGCGAAUGGCUCUGGAUGUGGCUAAGGGAGUUAAUUAUCUUCAUUGCCUUAAUCCUUCAAUUGUUCACUGGGAUCUUAAAACUCCUAAUCUUUUAGUUGACAAGAAUUGGUCAGUGAAGGUGUGUGAUUUUGGGUUGUCCAGAUUGAAGGAACACACCUUCAUAUCAUCAAAAUCAGCGGCUGGAACACCUGAAUGGAUGGCACCAGAAUUUCUCCGCGGAGAGCCAACGAAUGAGAAGUCGGAUGUAUUCAGCUUUGGCGUAAUUUUAUGGGAGCUUUUGACAAUGCAACAGCCAUGGAAAGGACUAAGCCCUGUUCAAGUGGUUGGAGCGGUAGCAUUUCAGAACAGAAGGCUAACCAUACCCCAGGAUAUGUCUCCUGCAUUAGCAGCCCUUGUGGAGUCUUGCUGGGCUGAUGACCCAAGGCAGCGUCCUUCAUUUUCAAGCAUCGUGGAAACACUAAAGAAGCUCCUUAAAUCUUCAGCAGUCCAAGUGGGGAGCUCUUGAAGCAGAGUAUUGGUAGGCCACCUCUUGUGAGUGGAUCAUUGGUAUCUAUCUCUUGCAUAUGAUCUCAGUCAACCGGAAAAUUAUUAGGUGUGGAUAUCCGACGUAGAGAUACGUCCGGACAUCCACUUAAAAUUUGACACGUGGAGUGCACUUUGCUUGUGUUUUUUUUUUUUUUUGCUCUUUGUUACACUUUAGUUGCGUUUUGACUGCUCUUUUGUUGCGCUUUUUUACUGCGCUUUACCUACGCUUUGGCUGUGCUUUUGAUGCACUUGGCUUAAAGUUCCGCGGACAUAUUAAAUAUAUAAAGUAAAAAAUAAAUACGUGUCUCUCCACGUGUCAAAUUUUAAGUGGAUGACAAGACGUAUCUCUACUCCGGUAUCUGCAUCUAAUAAUUUUCCCAGUAAACCAUGAAUAUAGAUCCUCAAUUUAAAAGUUCUGGCUACUGCGGUUGCCAGUGUUUGUUUAUGAUUUAAAUAAAGGUAAAAUAAAAAGAAAACUAAAAUCUAUAGGGUUGUUUCUUGUUUAUUUGUAAAUCUUUCAUGUUGUACGCUAGAAUGCUUAUAGAUUUAUACUCUCAUCUUAUAAUGUGAAUCCAAUUCUAUGAAUCUUUUGUCCAAAUAAGUUAAAUCUUUGGGGCCAGCCGACUUUACAAGGAUUUGAAAUAAUGAUUUUGGAAGAGAGGUUCUCUUGUAAUAUACAAGUUAUUUUUCUUACUUUUAUUAUUAAAAAUUUUCAUUU